AGCUGACCCAGCUGUAGCAACAGUCGCUACGGAAACAGACCACGCCCCUUCCUGCUACACAACAGUGAAAAACAUUGGAGUAGCGUGCGAGUUGAUAAGCAAGGCGAUCGCCAGCUCAAUUAGACGAUUUUCUGCGGCUCCUGAACGUUCAAACCGCGAGGAACAGGUGCACAAGAUGGCACAGGACCGGAUAGGACUUGUCAGGGACUCGAUGAACGAAAACCCGCUUUUGGCUAAGUCCCAGCUUGGCAGACCACUGAAGAGAGGGUUCAGCUUGCCCCCUGAUGACUUCACAUAUGGCAGACCAAACACAGGGAAGGAUGGAGGCACUGCAGAAGCCAUGGGCAACUGGAACUCAGCGCUACCGUCCAUGACUUCCAAACCUGGCGAGCAGAAACGGGAGCGGGAUUUCAUCGGCCUGAACCGUGCGGCCAUCAAGGCUGGCCUGGUCACGUCCGGCGAACACUACCACUUCCGCGCCAACCACGACAUCCGGCGGAAAAUGUCGCCAAGCGAGAACAAAAUCCGCACCAGACGCAUUCCUCCUGAUAUGACCUUCGGCAUCUCCACAAGACCAUCCACCCCAGUGUUUGACCUGCUAGAGCACAAGUACCAGGACCGCUGGCUGCAGCAGCGAAGGCUAUCGGAACUGGCCAACCGUGAGAAACAACAGAAAAAGAUCCUAAAUGGCAACAUCUACGAAACGAGGGCUUCCUUGUUGAGAAAGUAUAGCCCUGUCGUGGAGCCCCCGCCACUCUGGCACAUGCCUCGCUUUGAGAGGGUGCACCCGCAUUUGGAGACUUUCCGGUCACCAGAGGCGAGAAAAUUGGCAUUCCGGGCGCAUUCUCACGACGCCACGUCUCGGACUGGAGUGUUCGGCCACGGAAUCUACGCCGCGGCAAAGAGUUAAAGUCUUUAAUUAAAUUGGCCAACUACAAAGUUGUUAACCUCUUAUGUAUGGUCAUUUCUAUUAUUUUCACACAUAUCAUGAGUGUAUUAAUCUGACUGAUUAUUUUGUUGGUAAAAGCAAGUGCUAAACAAAGCCAUGUGUUAAUAAUUCUAACUGCACUUGACUUUUGCCAACAUCUUAGUUUUUAUUCCAUCCAGCAAAGGAAAAUCUUUGUGCCAUUGAAUUGUCUCCAUUAUACAGAAUUUGCUAAUUGCAAAUUGUACAUGCUUACAACAGUGUUACAGUAAUCUGGAAGAGAAAAACAUUGUGGAUAGAGAGUAGUUUUUGUAUGAUGAAUGUAUUAUAACUUCUUUUUUUUUCAAUUCUAACCUGGUACAAAUCAUACAAGAUUGUAAACAUUCUUGUCACACGUCUGGCUAGUUACUGGUUUAACUGAGUUUUGUUGAUGACCCAACUGUUACCAAUUAAUAGGUUAACAAGUUAUAAUGGAUUGUCUGUCAGAUUAUACUGGUUACCAAUUAUUUGCACCAUUCAAAUCAAACAGAAAGGAUUUCAUCAGUCACAUAUUAGAAUCCAUCCACAAAAAAAUCUGACAGACAAGCCAUGGGAGAGCCUCUCUCAGAAAGGGUUCUAGAUUGUUUUCAUUGUUGUCUUUAAAGUCAUUGAAUUCUUUACUUUAUCUCAAGACAAAGAGUGAAAGGAAAGAUCGAACAUGUUAUAUAUGUAUUUUGUAACAGUGGAUAAUAUGUAUUUAUCAUUGAUAUUUUAUUUUUUCAUAUAAUGUUAAAAAGAAGCUACUACAAUUACAGCAUUUUAUCUAACACCUCUAACUAUGGAGGAUACUUUCAUAUGCUUGAAGUAAGAAUAUCAGUGAUACAUACAUAUCCACUAUUAUAUGUGUUUGUACAGUAUGUUUUGUGAUAGUAGCCAUUUGCUUGUAUAUAUAUGUGAAGGGAGAUUAUGUGUGAUUGCAACAACACAACUUUGCCUAAAGUAAAAUGACAGCAACAGGAACUGGAGAAGAGUUUCAUUUUUAAUAUUACAAGAAGUAAUUUCUCGCUUGAACACAGAGGAAAGAGUGUUUUUGUUGCUGUCACUAUUUGAUAUGAAGAGUUGGGAAUUCACAGUUAUUUGUCCAUAAGAAUUGUUUAAGUUGAAGCCAGGGUUGGCUAGCUGCAGUCACCAUGAGGUGUGUCCAAAUAAAUUUCUGUUGCAUGUAAAUGUGAA